CUAUGGCCUUGCUUCGAGCGCCCACAAGCGCAACGCUUUCGAAGCGCCGGAUAUAGUGCAAAAGCGUCAAACGUGCGGUCCCAAUAAGUUCAUGCUGUCAUAUUCCCGCUUGCUCGGUUUUGCUGCGGUGCUACCGACAAAGUCCUGUAAACUCUGCGUCAGCCCGUGGAGAACGAAUGCGAGCUGCAUCGGAUCAUGCUUGUGGCGAAGACUUGAACCCGAGUGUGGCUGUGAUGUAGAUCAUUGCUGUAACACUGUUCGAGGCCCACGACGACAGUACAACAAGCGAAUAGGCAUUGCCGUACCCCUGGCGAUCGAGCGACUGUUCCUCCAUACCCUGCUGGCCUUGGACCCUGAGCAGACCAACAUUAGAAAUGGGCCGUAGGUAGCGUUGUUCAACCGAAAGCCCCGAAUGCAUGGUUUGCGUGUGCCGCCUCACCCUGGUCGUUCGGUGCAAGCGCGCAAAAAAUGAAGCUUACUGCAAGCUUCAGUAGAGCUCAGGUCACGCGACGUUGAUCGUUACCAUCUCCAGACUUGUACUGCAGAGAGGACAUCGCAUGUACAGCUCACGCGCAUUCUCGCA